UCUAGUUGGGAAAGCACUCAGUAGUUUUUGUGAAUUAACUACAGUUUGACGAAAGUUUGAUAAAAAGUGGAGAAACGGACCAUUUACAGAAGAGCACUUAACUUCAAGCAAAGUCUUCUAAAAAUACAAUGAUGAUUAAGAAGAUCCUUGUACUUAUUGCUUUUACGCUAACAAUCUGCACACAUGUCACUCAUGGCAUUUGCUGCAGCAAAAUAGAAGAGCUAUUAAAGAAAAAGAAGAAUGCUUUUGAAGUUCUUUGCGCAACUGGACACAAUCUCCCUCGUGGCUGCUGUGAUGACAUCAAAAAAGGAGUGACAUCAUAUGAAAAUGCAUACAAAUCAUUGUGUGUUAAUGUAACAGGUAUUUUGCAGGAUUCGAGUAUUCUAAAAGGUAAACCAAAAUGGAUCUCGCACAUUAAGAAAUGGCUUUCUUCGAGCUUGAACGGCAAGAAGACAGUGCGCUGUUACAGAGCAACAGUUAAUGGAUGGGCCGCGACUACAUUUCACAAAAACUGUGACUCCAAGGGACCUACAUUAGUCUUGUUGAAAAAAGGAUCCUAUGUGUUUGGGGCAUUUGCAUCACAAUCGUGGGGAGGUAGUAGUCGUUACAUUCGAGCACCAAAAUCUUUCAUAUUCUCAUUAAAAAACAAGCAUGGUCUGCCACCAUUUAAAUCCAGUCCAACCAAAUAUCCACAAUACGCAAUGUACACAACCAGCAGCUACGGACCCACAUUUGGAGCUGGUCACGACAUUUACAUCGCCAACAAUGCCAAGUCUAGUUCCAGUUCUUACACAAACUUUGGUCAAGCAUACAAACUCCCAUCUGGCUAUUCUUACGGAAGCACCAAAGCAAGAGAGUUGCUGGCUGGCUCCUACAGGUUCACUUUAGACGAAAUGGAAGUGUUUUACUUUUCUUCAUAAAUUAUAUGAACAUAAAUGAUUUGAUUGUUCAAUCUAUGAGUAAAUUUGCUGGAGCUUUUAGUUAAUAAACCUGUCUUUAGUGGAAUAAUUUGAUAUUAAAUUAAUGCAACUUCGGAAAA